AUGUUCUUUGGGGCUAUAUUGUAUGGAUGUCAUGAUCAAGAUAACAACUUAGUACCUUGCACUGGACCAUAUGAAAUAUUUAAUUUGCAACCUCAAGGUAAGAAAGUAUACAAACGAAGAAGGACUAUUGAGGUGGAAUACGAGAAAGAUGAGAUAGAAGAAAAUGCUCAAUCUAAGGAUUUACCGUCUCAAGAACAUGACAUUUAUACACAAGCAAUACAUAAACAAAAUGCAGUAGAAAUGUUACAGGACCAAGACGCCAUUCAAUCUCAGCCAAUAAUUGUUAGCCCUUCUCAAAAUAAUAAUACAAUACUUUCAAUAGAACAACAGGGUGGGGCAAAUAUGACACAACUCCGUAAUUUCAUUAAGGACAUUAUUAAACAAGAAUUCAGGGAAUUAAAAUCUCAUAUGGAAGAGAUGAUAGUAUCUGAAACUGUUAAAAUUACGGAAAACAUAAAAAAAGAACUUAUAAACACGAAAAAUGAGGGCACUUCAUCGUCAAGUACGAAUCAACAGUCUCAUAGCCAAGGUUUAAAUGUUAUUGAAAACUUAACACCAAGUCAGAAAAACCAUCUAAAUUUAUCAGAAACCGAUCGGAUCUUGAUAAGACCAUUACAAUAUCAACGAUGUCGAGAUACUCUAGAUAAACUUGAGAAAAAUAUUGAUGUAAUCAAGAUGGGAGUAGGUGUGGAAAACAUUGUGGCAAAACCGAAUGGUCAAAUUAUCAUUGAUGUGGAUCGAAAUAAAAAUAGAGAAGUUUUUACAGCUGAACUCAAAAAAACUCUUGGUGAUAACUUCAAAGUAUCUACAGCUAAGAAAAAUUUACCAAAAAUUAAAGUGAUUGGUUUGGAUAAAGAUCUGUUACAGAUGGAAGAAAAGGAAACACAAAAAAGUAAUCAUGAUAAUUUAAAACUAAUUUUGUUAAAUGUAUGUGGCCUUUUGAGGUGCAAAGAUGAAUUAGAAAAUUGGAUUAGUUCGAUCAGACCUGAUAUUAUAAGUCUUACAGAAACUCAUACUACGAUAGAUAUACCAGAUAACGAAAUAUCUUUUAAAAACUAUAAUAUGUCUAGAACUGACUCCGAAAAUCACAGGACUGGAGGAGUUCUAACGUAUGUAAAAAAAGGUAUAAAUUUUAAAUGUACAAAGACGGUAUCUAACGAGGGUACAUGGUUAAAUAUUGUUAAUAUUAAUGUUAAUAACGGGUUAACUAUUUGUAAUUUAUAUCGAUCGCCAAGUAGUUCUGUUAGCAAAUUCUGUGACACUAUAAAUAAAUUAAUAGAUGAAUUAAACGAAAAUAAUAAUGAUUUGAUGAUUGUUGGCGAUUUUAACAUAGAUGUAAACAAUAAAGUUAACUAUAGUAAAAAAUUAUUGAAUGAAUUGGAAUUACUAGGACUCAAGCAACAAGUACAUUCUCAAACUAGGGUGACUCUGACAUCUGAAACUAUUAUUGAUCUAAUUUUUAGUAAUUUUACUAUUAUUAUUAUUAUAAAGCGAUUUAUAAAUCGCUUCGUACAUUUAAAAGUUGUGAAUUCACGA